AGGCAGAGCAUCACUUAUCGUACGCCGCGGACAUGGACUUCCUGAGGUCUCUAGGACACCCGGAGGAGAUCUACAACCUGGUCAGGUUCAGGCUGGGCGGCAGUCAGGCUGUGAUGUCUAAGGAGGACCGGGACUCCAUGAACGACAGCCUGCAGACCUGCUACAAGUAUCUGGACCAGACCAGCAGGAGCUUCGCCGCUGCCACCCAAGCCCUGGACGGAGAGCUGAGAAAUGCAGUGUGUAUCUUAUAUCUGGUGCUUCGAGCUCUGGACACCGUGGAGGACGACAUGACCAUCAGUCUGGAGACCAAAAUCCCCAUGUUACUUAACUUCCACACGUACCUGUACCAAGCGGACUGGAGGUUUACAGAAAGCAAGGAUAAGCAUCGUGUAGUUCUGCAGGACUUCCCCACGAUUUCCCGGGAGUUCAGAAACCUGAAGGUGGGUUAUCAGAAGGUGAUUGUAGACAUCUGCCACAAGAUGGGGGUGGGCUUAGCAGAGUUCUUGGAGAAGAAGGUGGAAUCUCUUGUGGAUUUCGAUAAGUACUGUCAAUCUGCAUUCGGAUUAUGGGUGUUUGGGCUGUCCCGUCUGUUUUCUGCCUCAGGGCUGGAAGACGCCAUCAUUGGUGAGGAUAUAAGACUCUCAAGGUCUGUGGGUAUGUUCCUGCAGAAAACAAACAUCAUCCGAGAUUACCUGGAGGACCAGCUGGAAGGAAGAGAGUUCUGGCCCAGAGAGGUGUGGAGCAAAUAUGGCAAAAAACUGUCCGACUUUGCCAAGCCGGAGAACAUAGUGCCGGCUGUGCAGUGCUUGAAUGAACUGGUGACCAAUGCUCUACAGCACGUGCCCGAUGUCCUUCUCUACCUGUCCCGGCUGAGGAACCAGAGGGUGUUUCACUUUAAUGCCAUCCUACAGGUCAUGUCUAUAGCCACAAUGGCCGCCUUUUAUAACAACCCGCAGGUGUUUAAGGGAGUGGUGAAGAUCCGCAAGGGGCAGGCGGUCACACUGAUGAUGGACGCCACCAACAUGCAAGCGGUCAGAGCUAUCAUGUAUCAGUAUGUGAAUGAGAUCUACCAGAAGAUCCCACUGACAGACCUUUCUGCUGGACGUACACAGAACAUCGUUUCUACCAUCCAGAAACUGAGUUUUUCCAGUGGCCCCCGGGUGUCCCACUACAGCUCCUUCAUUUACCUGUCAUGUGCAAUGGUUUUGGCCGCCCUCAGUUGGCAGUACCUGAGUACAAACAAAAGACACUCAGACUAGUUUCACACAAGCGUGUCCUGUGUGGAAAUCAUGCUCCUUGUGAGAGUCAUUCUCUGUUCUGGACACUGCUCGUUUCACAGGAGCGCACCGCAUUAUACUGAUGUAUAAUGCUGUGUGUCUCUGCAUGACCUUA